CUCAGGUCAUUUGUUCUCUUCUAUUUUUAGCUGAGUCUAUUUUGAAAGCUGUGAAAGAACUGAGCCUCCCCGAAGAGAGAAGCUGCUUCGUUCGUUUUGGAAACGCUUCUACGAAUGUCACAGUCAGGGAGUAGUAAUGUCAGAGGACGGCAGCAGCUGUGACAGUGCAGACAAAAGAUAUCUGCCAUGUUGUGCCCCUGCUCUCGUCUCAGCUAAGAUGAUUAUCGUGGUCGGAGACACUCACUUCUCUGAGGAGAAGAUGUUUCUUGUUCAGAGCUGUGACUAUUUCCAAGCUCUGUUUCGCUCUGGGAUGAAGGAGUGUCGGCAGGAAAAAAUCCACCUCAAGUCUCUACAUGCGCAAGGUUUCCUAAUCGCCUUGGCGGUUUUACGAGGUGAGUUGCCCGUCCUUGAUGGCGACGACAUUGUUGAGGCCAUCGAAUGUGCUGCUUUCUUGCAGGUGGCACCGCUCACCAAGCAUCUGAUCGACCUCAUUGAUUCUGACAACUGUUUGCUGAUGUAUCACACCGCUGCAACCUUCGGCCUCUUAGACCUUUACCACGCUGCUGCGCUGUUCAUCCGAAACAUGUACGCUGACCUGGAGGCAGAGGUCAGGAAAACCUUGCCGUCGGAGAUGAUCUCCUACGUGGAGUCUUUGACCCCAAGUGUUUUUGUGGCAGUGGGGGCCCAUGUGACCUGCGGUGUGGAUGAAACGGUACAUGCUGCCUCCAGGACGGUCUGCUACCUCGAUGAAACUUCCAAUAACUGGAAAGUAUUAACAGAUCUUCCACUACAGGCCAGCACCUCCAUGGCGGGAGUGACUGUUUUAGACAAUAAACUCUACAUUGUCGGAGGAGUUCGUGGAGUUCAUAAACAAGUCGUGGACUCUUGUUUCUGCUACAGCGUUGAAAACAACAGCUGGACCAGAAUCUCCGGUCCAGCACAACUGCGAUACAAUCUGAGCCUUGUGGGUGUAGACGGUCAUCUUUACGCCAUCGGAGGAGAAUACGAGCGAACAGUUAUGUCAUCUGUGGAAACCUAUGACGUAAAGACCGGAAGGUGGGCGUUUGCUGCUCACUUACCUCGACCAGUGGCGGGCGCUGCGUGCACCAAAGCCAUGAGCAGGAUAUUUGUAUGUUUAUGGAGGCCGAUGGAGACCACAGAGAUCUACGAGUAUGUCUCAAGAAAAGAUGAGUGGCGGCUUGUUACCACUCUGAUCAGGCACCAGAGCUACGGCCACUGCAUGGUCGGCCACAGAGACAACCUGUAUGUCAUGAGAAACGGGCCGUCGGACGACUUCCUGAGAUGCCUGAUGGACUGUUAUAAUCUGAGCUCGGGCCAGUGGUCGUCUCUGCCCGGACACUUUGCCAACAGCAGAGGUUCACUGUUCACAGCUGUGGUGAGAAGUGACUCUGUGUUCACGCUCAACAGGAGCAUGACUCUGGAGUACGCCGUCGACGGUAAAACCUGGAAGCCCAGACGGCAGAUGAAGGGUUUCCCCAGAAGUGGAUCUGUGUGGACGUUUCUGCUCCGGCUGCCAGAUGCUCUCUUGCUUCAGUAAUGGCUUCAUUUGCUCUGGGAUUUAUUAUUGUCGACAGCUUUUGACCCUAAGACGUGUAUUUUCUACACCUGUGCUUCAAUAAAUUUAACAGACAAUUCCUGUUUAUUACAUCUUC